GCGAGACUGCGGCGGGCAUUCUGACACUAGGGAAACUGACUUGGUGUCACUGACAUCCCCAGUGACACCAAUACAGUGAUCAGUGCUAAUAAAAAGCACUAACACUGUACAUUGGGCAGGGAGGGGUUAACAUGAGGGGCGAUCAAAGGGUUAACUGUGUGCUGGGAGUGUUUUACAUAGGGGGACUUGUCAGUGUGCUUCACUGUAAGCACACUGCUUUAGAUGGCUGUGCUGUGCACAGCCAUCCAAAGCAGUGUGCCCAAGCUGACAGGGAGAAGAACUGUUGGGCUCAAUCACGCCCCCUACCCGGAAAUGCAAAAUCA